AUGCCUGUUGGUAAAUUAAGAAGUGCUACUGUGGCUGUUAAGAUCCGAAAGAUCCGAAAGACGAAGCGAGAAACUCCGAAGCGUCCGGUUGAAGCUGCUUGGGUUCUCACCAGUGCUUUUGGUGGCUCCUCGACUCUUGCGAUUGACCAUUUGUUGGAGCCAAUAUUUCAAAAACUGUAUACCAAUCAGGAUGAUUCUGCUUGGAUUCUCGUACUCAUUUUCUCUUUCCACCUCACUUAUAUAUUUGAUGUGGUUGAAUAUGGGAUGGUGGAAGUUCUUGUAAAGCUUCUGGACUCUCCAGAUGAAAGUCUUUGUGAGAAGGCUGUGCUGGUAGUGGAAGACAUUGUUGCCUGUAAUUGUGAUUGUGUUCUUAACCAUGGUGCUUUGACUCCUUUGCUGAAAAAGUUAAAGGAGGUUACUCUAGCAGUUUGUUCUCUUUUAGAGCUUCUUCGUUCAGAUGAUGAUGAGGUGCUAACAAAUGUAUGUUGUGCACUUUCUUACUGUAUUGGUCUACAUGGCAUUAUCCAACACCACAAUAACUGGGAUAUUUAUGACCGACUGCACGAGUCUCGUUCAGUAAUAAUCCCCUUCCUUAAAAUACUUGUAAAGAUUGUUGAUGGAAAAAAGUUCAAUCCCGCAUACCUUGAUUGCCUGGUGAUGUUGCUUGAUAACCACAACGAGGACGCAGAUGUGGUCACCAACAUUUGCAGCAUUAUCUAUGAGAUUAUAGAGUGUGGAAAUUUAGAGGCUGUGAUUGCGGCUGGAUUUAUAGAAAGUCUGGUCAAUUUGCUUCAAACUCUGAAGGCAGGUGAGUCAGACCCUUAUCAAGUAGACAAAAUCAUUUAUGUUGUUGCCGCAACAAUUAAUAUUGUUAUUGCCAAUGAGAAUGAUACUCAAAUCAACUUUAGGUACUUGGUGGAAUCCUCCUGCAUAGAGGUUCUGCUUGAUGUUAUUGCUUCACGCUGUAGUAAAAAAUUUAUGAGGAACAAUGUUGCUAUGGUAGAGAAAAUCUUGGAGGUUGGGGCAAAAUAUGUUCAAUCUAUUAAACUAUGCUCGCCGGAUUGA